AUGUGUGCAGCACGGCGGGCUGCACCUGGGGCUGCAGGGUUCACCCCUCUCUUCCCCCUGCAGUCCCUGAUGGAUGCGCAGAACUCGCGAAUCGAGGAGCUCUUGCAGAAGAUCAAGCAGCAGCAGUACAAGCUGGACAAGCAGAAUCUGCAGAUCAAAAGCUUGCAGAGCAAGGUCAAUCUACUGAUCCCUUUACAUCUGAAGGACAACAAAACUCAGUCUCCAAAGUGGAAGAUUAACCUGAAGAAAAGCGUCAGCCACACCAACCAAAGCCAGAAUGCUAGUGUGGAGACUGUGCUGCCACAGAAGCUUCCAGAGAAUUGUCAGCAGCUCUUCCUGGAAGGGCAGCAAAGCAGUGGUGUUUACCAGGUUCAGCCCUCUGGGUCUCAGCCCUUUAAAGUCUACUGCGACAUGACAGCAGAAGGUGGCUGGACAGUGAUCCAGAGGCGUAGAGACGGCUCUGUGGACUUUGACCAGCUUUGGGAUGCCUAUAAGAAUGGCUUUGGAGACCUUCAUGGUGACUUCUGGCUGGGCCUGGAGAAAAUACAUCACCUUGUUGAAGAAGGAAGAUACAAUCUCUUGAUUGAGCUGGAAGACUGGGAAGGAAAUUCCCAGGUGGUUCAGUUUGUUUUCAGCCUUGGUGGAGAGAGCACAGCCUACACACUCAACCUGCUGGGACCUCUGUCUGGAGAACUGGAAAAUGCCAUUGGGGACUUCAGGCAGCUGCCCUUCUCCACUCGAGAUCGCGACCAUGAUCUCAAAGCUGACACAAACUGUGCCAAACACCUGUCAGGUGGCUGGUGGUUCAGCACCUGUGGCCAUGCCAACCUCAAUGGGAAGUACUUCCGCUCCAUUCCCCGCCAGAGGCAUGAGCGCAAGCAGGGCAUCUUCUGGAAGACAUGGAAAGGGAGGUACUACCCUCUGAAGUCGACCACCAUGAAAAUCCAACCCACAGAGCUGGAAGCAGAACCCUAAAGCUGCCGUUUCAGACUUAACCUUCUUUGCGGAGCACAGUUGUGAGCUCCAUCACUUGGUGUUUACAGAAAAUAAACCCACCCUCCCCAGGAAGUCCA